GGUGUUGCUUGUGAAUACCCGAACUUCUCAUUCAUUUGCUUUCUAGGCCCAACGAGCCUGCCAGCGGUUUUAGCCCAAAGUGACAACAGUCAAAAACGCGCCUCAAUUUUGUACCGCCAAAAUCUAAUCCCCUCCUCUGACCUCUGCCCAUUCUCCAUUCCAAUGGCGGCAUCCAGUCCCAUGCACGGCCUUCCCUCACUCUCACUGCCGUCCCGCCUCGAAACCACCGAUCCCGUGCUUUCAUCUCCUCCGUCUUCUUUCCCGAAUGCAAAAAGCCUUUCCAUAGCAAGGCGAAGAGCCAUCUUCCUCGGGUCCAGUGCAUUGGUGGCGGAUUUUUGGUUCGGCUCCCUCGGUUCCGCUUCAGUCUCCGCCGCCAUUGCUGGACAACUCCAAGCGGAAGAGCUCGAACAGGAAGAAGAUCGAACUGUCCGCCUAUUCGAGAUGACUUCGCCAUCAGUUGUUUCGAUCAAGGAUUUCGAAUUAGCCAAAACCCCCAGCAGCUCCACGAGCGUGGAGGAGGACGAUGAUGAUGCGAAACUUGAAGGGACUGGGUCCGGUUUCGUUUGGGAUACAUUUGGUCACAUUGUCACUAAUUACCAUGUUGUGGCUAAAUUGGCUACGGAUACAAGCGGAUUGCAGCGCUGUAAGAUAUUUCUGGUGGAUGGUCUUGGCAACAGCUUGACCAGAGAAGGGAAGAUUGUUGGGUUCGAUCCAGCAUACGAUCUCGCUGUUCUUAAGGUUGAUGUAGAGGGGUACGAACUGAAGCCAGCAGUUUUUGGUACCUCCAAGGACUUGCGAGUGGGACAGAGCUGUUUUGCUAUUGGCAAUCCUUAUGGAUAUGAGAACACUCUCACAACAGGGGUGGUCAGCGGGCUAGGAAGGGAAAUCCCAUCACCCAGUGGGAGAGCCAUCAAAGGGGCUAUUCAGACAGAUGCAGCCAUUAAUGCAGGGAAUUCAGGUGGACCAUUGGUUGAUUCACAUGGACAUGUCAUUGGAGUCAAUACAGCAACUUUCACUCGAAAAGGAUCUGGACAGUCGUCAGGGGUCAAUUUUGCGAUACCAAUAGACACAGUGGUCAGGAGCGUGCCAUACCUUAUCGUUUAUGGAAUGCCUUACACCGAUAGGUUCUGACCAUUUGGUUGCAUCUUUUGAGAAGUGUUGCCUUCUACAAAGUUUGAGCACUGUGUAUCUGAUAGUUAAUAUUCUCUUGUUUAUAAUGAGCAACAAUGCUGUCCCACCAUUUGCAAAUGCAUAAACUAUGUUCUCCCGCUGUGCCAUGGUGGCAUUGUAAGAUCAGACUCCGGCAGGUGGC